GUCCGGCACAGCCAAUACCGUUGCGGAGCUGUGCUUGCUGCGCACGCAAGUCACUGACUUGCCGGCUGCUUCGACAAGGCCGGCCAUGCCUGCGUGCCUGCCACAGCGCCUCCCUUCGACGUGAUGGAGACGCGGCAGCAGCCACUUCUACUACCGACAUAUGUACUCCAUGCCAAAAGACUCAGUGCCAUGCCAGUCCGCCCGCAAGGCCCAGCCUCCCGAAGCUUGACCAAGACGCCUGCAGGGUCCUUGCCCCUCGAACCAAGCACUCCCCGAGUCUUGAUAUAUGGUCCCAGUUGCUUGGAAGGCAAAUCUUUGCUGCAACCAGUGUCGAGCCUCUCCUUCGCCCUUCCCAGCCUCGUUCGCCAAACCAGGUCUCGGCACCGGCUAACUAGGUCACGGGCAGCCUUGGCCUGGGGUGAUUAUCUAAGUCCCCACGACGUCUUGAUUGGCCGCCUCCAGCUUUGUCGCCCGCUCUCGGCGUUGAGCGAGCAUGACAAGAGACUAGUCACUUCUUGGCUCGGCCUCCGCCUGCGACCGCUCUGUGCAUCUGGUUCGAUCGGGGCAACGCAAACGGCAUCUUUGCUCCAGCAUGCGAGGAUCCUUGAUGCAAUUCCUGCGCCCAGAAUGGCUUCCAUCGGCGUCUGUCCUAGGAAUACAGGAGCAGCCAAGCCUUCCGCCCAGACUCCCGCCCCGGUGCCGCCCAGCACCGCCUAGCGAUUUGGACUGCCAGGAGGCUUGGUAUGAUGCCAUUGGGCCCAAUAAAACACUCCAACUGUCUUGAUAACGGGUUGUUGGGACACACACGUACUCACGCGAGCCUCGUCGCGAAGCUAGAUACCUGUCGGUUCCUCAUAUGCUGCCUCGUGGUUCGUCGACGCCCUAGGUCGUCCUCUUGGCUUUGCUCGGCGCCAUGGCUAAGCCCUCGCCGUCAUUGUCGGUCCAUCACUGGGUCUGCCCUGGCCACUGCCUAUCCUUCUAGACUCAUCGAAGCUUUUCAACGAAUGUUGACAAGUACUUAAGUAGCUACGUUCCCCCCUUGGAUCACAUGCCAAUCCAUUCUGCCUUAAACAAAGGACUUGACCAGUCAACAUUGUGAAAACAAACCUCCGUCCCUCACAGUUUCAAAACUUCUCUGGUUGACAGAAAUAGAUCCAGAGUCCGCUCGCUUAUGAUCCAAAUUUCCCCUGCGCUCGAUAUCUCAACAUCCAUGGUCAUCAAGUGAUUACAUUAUGGCCGGCCAAUUUGACCGACACCCGUUCCUCCUUACUCCGAGUGAUGUGGCAGCCUCUCUCAAGACAGAUGUCGACAAAGGUUUGAAUUCUGCGCAGGUUGCGCAGCUGCAGCAGGAAUACCCUCGCAAUGAGCUCGACGUUGGGGGGGCAAUCCCCUGGUACACGAUUUUCAUCAAGCAGCUCUUCAAUGCUAUGAUCUUGGUUCUCUUCUUUGCAACGAUCGUCAGUCUUGCAAUUAAAGACUGGAUCGAAGGCGGGGUUCUUGCUGUAGUCAUAGUCCUCAAUGUAUCAAUUGGAUUUUUACAAGAAUACAAGGCUGAAAAGAAGAUGGAUGCUCUCCGAGCACUGUCUUCUCCUUCAGCCAGCGUUAUCCGAGAUGGAAAAGUCCAAGUCAUCGCCAAUCCCGAGGUGGUUCCCGGUGAUAUUGUCAUCCUGAAAAUGGGUGACACGGUUCCUGCCGAUCUGCGAAUGUUCGAAGCUAUGAACUUGUCUUGCGAUGAGCAGAGCUUGACAGGCGAGGCCCUACCCGUCGAGAAGUCCAUUGAAAACGAUAUCACGGUUCCCGGUACCGAGAAGCUGGCUUCCGAAGAAGGUGAGGUCGGCAUCGGUGAUCGCGUGAACAUUGCGUAUGCCACCACUGUUGUCCGAAAGGGCCGUGGCCGAGGUAUCGUUAUCGCAACAGGCAUGCAGACUGAGGUUGGCAAGAUUGCUGCCUCAACCACCAAAAAGACAAGGAAGCCAGGAAGAUCCAUGAAUUGGAAGAAAUACGGCAAGGCAGCUCCUCUCAAAGGAGGUUUCAGGCGGACUUACGAUUUUUUUGGCAAGUUCUUGGGCCUGACCGAGGGCACACCACUCCAAAUCCGACUGAGCAAGCUGGCCUAUGUGCUGUUCUUCUGCGCACUGCUUCUGGCUGUCAUCGUGUUCGGAGUCAACCGCUUCAACAUGACGAACGAGGUCAUUAUUUACGCUAUUUCCACUGGAAUUGCUAUUAUCCCUGAGAGUCUCGUUGCCGUUUUGACAAUCACGAUGGUCGUGGCCACGACUGUCAUGCGCAAGGCAAACGUUGUCGUUCGAGAUCUGUCUGCCUUGGAAGCGCUUGGAGGUGUUACCAACAUUUGCUCCGAUAAGACUGGCACCCUGACUCAGGGCGCAAUGAUAGUCCGAAAAGCUUGGCUGCCUUUCUCAAGCGUCUACACUGUCCAUGACUCUGAAGACCCUAACGACCCAAGUGUUGGUAGGGUUACUUACCGCACCGUGCCUAUUGAUGCACCUGAAGAGCCAAAACAAGAACGUGACUUCGAUCAGGAACGAAGCGCUCCGGCGCUCAAGUUUGACGUUCCACAGGAGAAACUCGAACAGAAUGACAAGGACCAGUCUGAGGAGAAAGAGGCUGAAGCCGGUCCAGAUCUGCACGCAUUUCUCAUCGCAUCCUCUCUGUGCAAUCUCGCGACCGUGCGAUAUGACGACCAGGAAUCCAAGUGGCAGACAACUGGAGAGCCGACCGAAAUCGCCCUGCAGGUGUUCUCCCACCGCUUUGAAAUCCGGAAGAAGCAGCUUGAAGCCAACGGCUGGAAGCAAAUUGCCGAGUUCCCUUUCGACAGUAGCAUCAAGCGAAUGUCAGUGGUCUACAAUGCUCCCCAUGGCAAUGAGUACGACGUGCCGUCGACGGGCAGUAUCGUCUACACCAAGGGCGCCGUCGAGCGUGUUCUCGAUCUUUGCUCAAACAUUGGCACCGGCGAUAUCCAGGAGCCCCUGACAGACGACAUCAAGGACAAAGUGUUGACGCAGAUGGACAAGCUCGCUUCGCAAGGUUUGCGUGUUCUGGCCAUUGCUACCAAGCAAUGGGAUGGCCGUUUCCAGUCUGUCUCUAGCCCAGAGGAGACCGAGAAUGAUGCAGCACUCCGGGGCCAAGUCGAGAGCAACUUGACCCUGCUUGGACUUGCCGGUAUAUACGAUCCUCCUCGGCGAGAGACCACCCCUGCCAUUGGAGAAUGUGCCAGCGCAGGUAUCAAGGUGCACAUGCUUACUGGUGACCAUCCGUCCACCGCCAGGGCCAUCGCCAAGGAAGUCGGUAUCAUCCCACGCAAUCUGGGCAUCCUGCCUGCGGGUACUGCGGAUUCUAUUGUGCUCAAGGCGACCGACUUUGAUAAACUGACCGACGCGGAGAUCGACGCCUUGGAAGAGCUGCCCUUGGUCAUUGCGCGUUGCGCCCCGGACACCAAGACACGCAUGAUCGAGGCCCUGCGAAGACGCAAAGCGUUCAUGGCCAUGACCGGUGAUGGAGUUAACGACGCGCCAUCUCUCGCCAAUGCCGAUGUUGGUAUUGCUAUGGGCAGCGGAUCCGAUGUCGCCAAGUCAGCGGCCAAGAUCGUACUGACUGAUGACAAGUUCAACUCGAUUGUCGCGGCCAUCCGCGAGGGAAGGCGCAUGUUCGACAACAUCCAGAAGUUCAUCCUGCACUUGCUAACCUCCAAUGUCGGCGAAGUCAUCCUUCUGAUUUGUGGCCUCGCAUUCCAGGAUGCCAGCGGGUUUUCGGUGUUUCCCAUUUCACCACUCGAGAUCAUCUGGAUCAACAUGAUCACCUCAUCCUUCCCCGCGUUUGGCCUUGGCCGUGAGUUAGCCGCGGCAGACGUAAUGAGGAAGCCGCCCCACGCCAAGGGCAUCUUCACGAGGCAGAUCAUGGUGGACAUGGCUGUGUAUGGAUUCCUUAUGGGCGUUUGCACCCUCGCAACGUUCAUCAUUGUCGUAUAUGGUGCCAACGGCGGCAACCUGGGCAGGGAUUGCAACAGAGCAUACUCCGAAGAAUGCAUACCAGUCUUCAGGGCACGAGCCGCCGUGUUUGCGGAGCUAACGUGGCUGAUAUUGUUGUCUGCAUGGGAGUUCAAGCACCUGAGGAGGUCCAUGUUCGCGCUCAACCCGGAGCGGCACGGACCCUUCCAGGUCUUCAAGGACCUCUACGGCAACCGCUUCCUCUUCUGGGCCGUCGCUAUCGGUUUCCUGUCCGUCUUCUUGACCGUCAACAUCCCGGUUGUGAGCACCCAAUUCUUCAAGCACACGAGAAUCACUUGGGAGUGGGGCCUGGUGGUUGGGUUCACGGUCGUCUUUAUCGCGGGUAUGGAGACGUGGAAGGCCAUCAAGCGGGCCUUCCACCUCCUGGACGACCAUGCUGUUGUGCAAGGCGCAUUUUCGCAGGGCAGCGUCGAGGGCAGGAGGCUCAGCACCGCGCUCAGCUUCUCCAGCCUCAAGGGCUGGGCGAGCUUCAGCAAGGGGACGAGCUUCGGGAAGAGGCAUAACACCGGUGAGCCGUCCACAAACGGCCGGACCAAGUCUGCUGACAAGGCUGAGUCUUCCCCCGACGGUCGGGAGAAGAUCUCGACGAAUGUGUAAGGGUGUGCAUUGCAUGCGCGUGCACCCCGCGCGUUUGGUGUUGCAUUUGGCGUCCGCAUGUGUAUAUCAUAUCAGUUGUGUUUUCACUGGUUUUCGAGGAUGAUUUCUUUUUGUUAUGGUUGCUUUCCGAGUUGCGAACCAAAAACGCAGGAGACGACUGUGCGCAGUAGUAAUUAUUAUACCCAUGUUGUUGUGGGGUUGCUGAGAUAUUCAUGAAGAGCUCAGGCUCGAACGCUUGUCGGGGUGGGGUAGGCUUCCCUGUCGAGUGGUAGAAAGGCUGCGAUAGGGUUAAAUGUAUGAAGGAUAGAAAUCUAAUUGUCCCGAAUGAAGUGACCAACUAUUAUCAAAUGA